AUGACAGAGCAGAUAAACAUGGAGAAUAAAACACAAGUGCUUUUAGAAGGAUAUUUUUUUCUGUUUCCCUUGAGACUGACAAAAUAUGAUGUGAAACUUACUAAACAAGGCAUUACAUUUUAUGAAUUGCAACAAAAGAAAAAUGUUUUGAAAACGGAAAAAAGCAUCCAUUUCGGUGACGUGGUGGGAUGUCGUUGUAAAAAGGGAAAAUCUGAAAAUGACCCUAGUGCAUAUUUUUCUAUUUUUUCAUAUCAGUUUAAAGGAAAAUCAAAGCGAAAACGAUCUAAAUAUGAAUUUUCCUUUGGAUUAUGUGAUUUUCAAAAUUUUGAAGACAAUUUAAAAGUAUGUCAAAAGUGGAGAAAUGUCAUCGUCUGCUUGUCAAGAAACAUUGUUGUCAACAGUAAUGAAGUGGAAUUUUGUAUGCUACCUCCAAGCCCUACAGUAUUAGUCCUUAUUAAUCCACAUAGUGGACCUGGAAAAGCACAACAGAUCUUUGAGAGCACUGUUAAACCUAUGUUGGAUGAUGCUGAUAUUGAUUACAAAGUACUUAUUACAGAGUAUGCUGGCCAUGCUUCAGAAGUUGUCAAGACAUUGAAGUUAGAAGACUGGUCAGGUUUGGUUAUUGUCUCAGGUGAUGGACUGAUUUAUGAGGUGAUAAAUGGUUUGAUGAGUCGGAAGGAUUGGGCCAAAGCCAUCAAGUUCCCUAUUGGUUGUUUACCAGGUGGAUCUGGAAAUGCUUUGUGUUGUAGUGUCAAUUAUCUUGCAGGAGAGCCAAUGGAUCCAGACAUGGUGCUACAUUCUACAUUUGUAUUAAUAAAACACAAAAUAUUACCUAUAGAUUUAGUACUACUUCAGACUCCUACGGAUCAGAUCUACUCCUUCUUGUCUGUAGCUUGGGGAAUUAUAGCUGAUAUAGAUUAUGAGAGUGAGAAGUUACGAUCCAUAGGAUCUACCAGAUUUACCUUAUAUACAAUUAUGAGAAUACUAAAGUUAAGAACAUACAGAGCAAGAGUAUCCUUUCUACCUGUCUCAGACCAAAAAUUGAAAGAGAAUGGAAAAUCUUCAAAAACUGUAAAAUUUCCUCGACCAAGACGAUAUACUAUAUUUAGUAAUGACUCUAACCAAGAAGCUCUGAACUCAGUAUAUAAUGUUGGUUGUGUAGGAAAAUUCAAAAGUUUAGAUGAGGGUGAUCUGAGAAUCAGAUCUCAGUCAAUGCCAACAAAUAUGUCUGAUUAUAUGACACAGGGAGAAAUACCAACAAAUUCACUAACAUCGAAAUCUGACAACAAACUGUAUGAAGAAAAUGAGGACGAAGACAGCGGCCAUCAUUCUGGUGAUGAAGCAUUAAAUGGUGAUGUGGAAAAUGGUCUUGUUGAUUUUAAUCUAAAUUCAACUACAAAUGAAGUCUUUGAAGAUUCUGUUGACGAAACCAUUUCAAUGAUUACUGAAUCUGCUGAUCCUGUUCCAAGUCCUUUGUUAUCUCCCUUAGAUGAAGAUGUUCCAAACACAUGGACGACAGUAGAAGAUGACUUUGUUACAGCCUUAGCUAUCUAUCUGCCAUAUUUAGGACCAGAUAAUUUAGUCUCUCCAGACUCUAAGUUAAAUGAUGGAUGUAUUAAUCUGAUGUUGGUCAGAAAAGGAGUGUCAAAGAAUGAACUUUUGAAUAUUUUUCUCCAGUUUACAACUGGUGAACAUAUUAAUUCUCCAGCAUUUGAGGUUAUUAAAUGUUUAGCUUUCAGGCUGGUACCGCUGACUGAGAAGGGUAAUAUUAUGGUGGAUGGGGAGCGUAUUGAUUAUGGACCAAUUCAGGGACAGAUACUGCCUGGACUUGCCAGAAUUAUGGCUAUACAAUAGCUUAUGCAUUUAAGGAAAUUUUACACUUUUGUAUUUUAUAGGGCAUUGCUAGGUUUAUAUGAAACAUUAUUGAAUGUUUUCAAUCAAAUAAAUAAAAAAAUUAUUAUUUUUA